AUUCUUGAAACAAAAUGUAGUGUUGCCAUAUAAACUUAAAGCAGGAUUUGAAGUUACAAGAAAUUCAAGUUUUUCACGUGAUAUGUAAACUAUGGAAAUAUUAUUUUUAGAACGUCAUUGGUACUUGACUAAUAAUCUUUUUAGAGAAUCUUAGGUUUAUGAAAAAUGGUUUAAAAUGCGCCAUACACUCAAAUAAUAUUAACGGAACCCUUCGUUUAUUUAAUAUUAUCAAAUACACAAUUCAUAUUGACGUAAUAUUUUAGUUAAUGUCGGGCUCCGAGGACCAAAGUUUCUAGUUGCUAUAGAGUAUCGACCGCAAAGAUAUCGAUAGGAUUUGAGUAUUGCAAACCCUAGUUGUCUAUUCUAAAGUGAUUCACACUGAGUCGGUGCCAUUGGCCGUCACCAACAGUACGUUUUCACGUGUGAUUGGCCUAUUCUUUGUUGUUGUUAGCCCUACUGCAGUAGAUAUCAGAAAUCGAAAGUAAACAAUAUACAAAAAAGGAGAAUGGCUUCAGCAUAUUUCAUGUUACGAAUGUUAAAACGUAAACGACAAAGAAAAUUACAAACAAUAAAAAAUUUAGAGGAAAAUGAUUUUGAAAGUGAAACAAUAUGCAACUCGGAUAACCCAAUUACGGAAAAUAGUUUUGAAAAAUGCAGAAUUUGUUUAAAAGAGGGUAACAUACCAAUUUACGGUGAAAAUAAUUCUUUUAACAUAUCUGAAUCUAUAACAACAUUUGGAGGUGUUGAAAUAAACGAGAACGAUGCAUUUCCGAAAUAUUUAUGUCAUUAUUGUUAUUCAUGGCUACAACGAGCAUUGGUAUUUAGAAAAACUGCCAAAGAAUCUGAUAAGAUACUUAGACAAACAUCGUCAAUAGAUGAAGAUCAUUAUAGUGAUUUCGAGACUACUAAUGAGCCCACACAAGAUCCCGAAGAUCAGAAGAUAGCUGUUAAGUCGCAUAGAUGUAAAAUAUGCAACAUAAAAUUUAAUUCUUGGGACGAUUAUGUAACUCACAAAAGCUCCCGCCAGCAUAGAAAUGUUAGGGUCCAAUGUCCAAUAUGUCAUGGAAUACUAACUGCACAACUGUAUAAAAAACACUUAGCUAGACAUCAGUCAGCCUCGCACCUUGUAUGCGACAUUUGUGGUAAAUUGUACCGAAAGGAUAACUUAGUCCGUCAUCUCCAACUUCAUAAUUAUGAACUACCUUACCACUGCCAAGUAUGUCCAUACCGCGGAAGGUUUCUGGAAUCGUUAAAAAUCCACAUGAGAACCCACACAGGGCAGAAACCAUUUUCAUGUGAUAAAUGCGAAUUACGGUUUCUGACUCGAAGUAAUCUUAACAGACAUCUUCUCACUCAUAAAAAAGAAAGACCUCACAAAUGUAUUGAAUGCGGGAGAGGAUUUUAUACAAAGAGAGAUCUUGAUGUGCAUUUCAAAGCUGAUCAUGUUGGUGUAAAAGAUUUUGGAUGCAGAUUUUGUGGAAAUAAAUAUGGUACUAGAAAAGCAUUGAUGAGACAUGAAUUACGAGUGCAUAAGAGAGACAAAAUGGCGAAGGGUAGGAUGCCAUUAUACUUACAAGAAGAAUAUAUUAAGAAUAAUGCAACUACUUAAAAGUUUCAAACAGUCCAUCACAUGGGCAAUAAUCGUCAUGACACGAGAGGUGUUGAGUACUGCAUAAAAAUCUGACCUAAUAUGCUAGAACUAUUUAUGAAUUUUCAUAGUUUUAUAGACCUCGAAUUUUGACUACACAAUUACAUAGUAAGAACAUUGAAGAUUCAUUAAAUCUACUGCGUGUACCCACACCCUAAAGGUUGAAGACCCGAAGGUCUUUUAAAUCCGGCCAGGGACUCGGAUUUUUCUAAAUUAUUUAUAGGGGGAAUUUAUCUCUCCGAAAGGUUUGACGUCAGCCAGGCGAUUGCGAUUAAUUGUGAUGUCCAACCGCAGUUUUAAUAAACCAUCCCAAAAGCUAUUUCCAAUCCAUUUCGAAAGCGUACCUAUCAGAAGUUUUUUACAUGCUUACAAACAACUUAUUGUGAUUGGCUAAUCAAAAUAAGUCGUCCGUUCGUCGUGCUGGAUUGUUGGAGUCAGGUAAUGGCAGGUAGAAGGGAAAGAGAGAGAGAAGACACGAGCUCGGUAAAUAAUGUGUUCUGUCGGUUAAAAGAAUAUAGAUUAGAGGCGGUAUAUUUUUUAUAAAAUAAAUACUAUAUUAUGAUAUACCUACUACAAUAAAUACUACACUGUGCACUUGACUGUAACGAUUACAUCAAUAAUUAUAAUUUUAGAUAAUGCAAACAGAUAAAUCUUACGAUGUUUUUUAUUAAUUAAUAAUCACGAGUUAUCGUAAUGAUUUUGGUGUGCGGUAGGUAAACUGAAAGAUAGGCAUUUACAUUUCAAAGCAGUUCACAGUUAAAGGCAAGUUUAGGAUGUGUAUAUUGUAAAAAUAAUAUCAGUGCAGGCAUGUUAUAUUUUAUUUUCAUAAAUAGACAAAAGAUUACAUAAACAUUUGUAUAAUAAUGUUUUAAAUAAAAUAACUAUCUUUAGAAUAAAGAGAGACUUUUAAGUUUUAACAUCUGUGAAUUAGAGUGUAUAAAUUAUUAAAUUUAUGGUUUGAUGUAUUUUAUGAAAUGUAUGUAUGUACAAUGUGAUUUUGAUAGAUUUCAAUCCUAAUUAUUAUAUUAAAAUUUUGUAGUCAACUACAAAUCUUUGGUAUAAAUAAAUAAGAUAAUUUCCUCUACUGAACAAUGGAAGAUUUUGAUAGUAACUAUUUUGUAUAAAUAUCUAAAUAAAGGCCACAUUAUCACUUAUGUUCAUACAACACAGACUGAAUUUAAUUAUGCAUCCAUCAGAGGUAUCACAUACCACUACACAUGAAACAUUUGAUUGGAUGUAAGGGGUUUUAUCACACUACAUGUAUCAGUUAAGGCAGUCAUCACACAUUAACCUGUAAUACAUAUUUGCAGUUUGAUUAUAGAUCAAUUUCUCCGGAAGAGGUCCUAAGCUUGAGGUAGAUUUUAACAUAUUGCUUUACCUAAUUACUGUUUCAUGUCCUCAACUUAACAUUGAAUAUAUCUUUACUAUCAUGAAAAGUGACAAAACACAAACCAUGUGAGUUUGCAUGAUAAAAAUAUAUCACACCAUUAAGAGAUGUGUUUUGCCUGUUUUUAAAAACAUAUUUAAAAACAUUUAUAUGUGAAUAUAUUCAAAAUAAAUCAGCAAUUAGUUAAAACUCUUAAGGUUCUAAAAAUAUGGUAGCACAACCUUCAUUGUACAAUGUAAUUUGAGACUUAUAUUUAUACUAUUGUCCAAGGAUACAAAAAUGAAUUAUUUAAGUAUAGUAUACAUGUGUUCAUCACAAUCACACAUCAGUACGGAAUACCUCUGACAGAUGCUAAUACAAUUAAUUUUAUGGACAAAGGGAAAGGCUUAUUAACAACAAUUAAGUAUAUCUAACAUGAACAUUGAUAAUUUCUUUGGUACUCAACACUUAUUUUAAGAGAAAAUAUGCAGAAAAACUGCAGUAAAAAUAUACACUUUCAAUUUGUGCUACAUUUAAACAUCAAAAAUACAUGAUAACACUAACACACAAAGAAUAUAUAAACUACAUGUUUCAUUUGUUGUAAUAAAUAUGACAAAAUACUUUA